AUGAAAAGAGCUCACAUUAAUCGCAAAUCCUCACUGCCCAUCGCCUUUUUCUCCAUAUGUGCAGUAAUCCUCGUCUCGAUUUUAGUCUUAUCAGACCACAAGCCCAGUGGGUCCCCUUUUCCGGGUUCGGAUUCAGCCGACCCGAUCCUGCCCGACCCGCCGCGAUUUGCGUACUUCAUAUCGGGCACGAGCGGCGACGGCCGGAGGCUGAGGCGGCUUCUUCAGGCGCUGUACCAUCCACGGAAUUACUAUCUGCUCCACCUGGAUUGGGUGGCGUCCGAUGACGAGAGGCUCGAGCUGGCCAGGUUCGCCAAGUCCGAAGCUGCGGUGCGGAGGUUCGGGAAUGUGAUGGUGAUGGGAAAGGGCGAUUUGGUCACCCCCAAGGGGCCGACGGCGGUGGCUGCCACGCUGCACGCGGUGGCGAUUUUACUGAAGCAGGCGGAGAUCUGGGAUUGGUUUGUUAACCUUGGAGCUUCUGAUUAUCCGCUUAUGCCUCAGGACGAUAUCCUUCAUAUCUUUUCAUACUUGCCGAGGGAUCUGAAUUUCAUUGAGCAUACGAGCGAGUUUGGUUGGAAAGAGCACCAAAGAGUGAGGCCUAUUGCCAUAGAUCCUGCACUUUAUCACCCUACGAUAUCCCGGUUAUUUUGGGCCAAAGAGAAAAGAUCAGUGCCCGUGUCAUUCAAGUUAUUCACUGGGUCCGCUUGGGUAGUCCUAUCGAGAUCUUUUCUCGAGUUUUGCGUUUGGGGUUGGGACAAUCUCCCACGAACCCUCCUAAUGUAUUACACGAAUUUCCUCUCGUCUCCCGAGGGCUACUUUCACACGGUAAUGUGCAACCACAAACACUACCAAAAAACGGCGGUUAACCACAAUCUGCAUUAUGUGAGAUGGGAAAACCCGCAAAACGAGGUGCCGGAAAAUCUAACGAUCAAGCAUUUUGACGACAUGUUUCAUAGUGGGGCCCCAUUUGCCCAUAAGAUUCCCGAGAAUGACUCGAUUCUUGAUAGGAUCGACAAGGAGAUUUUGAAAAGAGGCGAUGGUCGGUUUGUGCCCGGCGGUUGGUGUUUGGGGAGGAAUGGCCGGAGAACGGACCCUUGUGCGAUUUUCGGGAGUUCGGAUGUCGUUAGGCCGUCAUCGAGUUCUAGAAGGAUGGAGAAGCUUGUAGCAUGGCUUCUAGAUUCUGAAAAUUUUCGACCUAGGCAGUUUUUGCUGCUGUGA